AUGUCUCCCCUCACUGAUGCCGGCGAUGUUCUCCGAGAUGCCGCCCAUCUCGCUGCGGACCAAGAGGUAUCCAGGGGCCGCAAGAGGUCCCGAAGCACAUCCAGAGCUGCAACCUCCAAGUCCCUAAGACCCGACGAGUCUAGCACACUUCGAGGACGAUCACCACGUCGUGCUACGUCUCCAUUCCCGCUGCCUUCUCGCAACACCUCGCCCUCUAUCCUGAGGUCGCCUACAAGCCAAAUCUUACUCUACAACCAACUUAGACGGGCUCGCCGGGAGCACUGUCCGUCCCGCACUGCCUCUCCCAGCGACCGAAGCUUCAGACGACGUCAGAGGACAAGAAGCCGAAGCCGAAGCCGAAGCAGAGGAUCUCGACGGGACCACGAGCCUGUUCGGUCUCCCGAUAUCCUCUCUAGCUUGAGACACGAAGUCUUCUACGAACAUGCCGAUGGCACAGAUAACAAAGCCCAGCCAUGA